GGAUGAAAAUCCGAUUAACAAAAACAUCGAUAUCGACGAGAGCAGCCGACUCUCGGCCGAGGCGGAAAGAUAGUCGACUGUCCGAUUCUAGCUCUUAUAUGGGAACGCAAUCCUCGGAUCGCAAUGCUGUCACCGAGUUCAGCAAGGGUAUGUUUAGCAACAUCAGCGCAAGUGGUGGUUCACGCUCGCGGAAGAACGAUUCGCUACUGGGAUCAAAAUAUGAAGACAACUCUCGUUUAGAUUCGGACAAUGAAUCGACCGAUUUUAUGGCGUCAUCGAAAGAUUCGCUGAGUAACCGAAUGUAUGAACUGCGUCGCCAGUUGAGUGAUUUGAAAUCGCAAAGAAUUCAGAAGGAACAGGAAAUUCGAACAAUCGAAAAUCAAACGCUGCGCCAGCGCUUGCAGGAUAAUUUGGACAGUUUGUUGAGUCAAAUUGUAGAAAAAGAAAUGGAGAUUCAAUAUUUGGAACAGCAGUAGAUUGAAAUAUAAACAAUUAAAUAAUCGAUUCAAGAUAUUGAAAAAUAAAUACAAGCUGCAUAUCAGUUUA